UUUGGUGCCUCAGGAAUGGUAAAUGCAAACUAGAGCCAAAGAUCCACUGAACUAUAUGUAGUUUUUUUUUUUUUUUUUCUCUCUGUGCUGUGUGACUUCUAGGAAAUGGCCAAAGCAGUGAGGCAAAUCAUUUGUGCGACUCAUUAUUCCAUAGUGAUCAACAUAGUGCAGUGGGAUUCUUACUAUGAGUAGUACUAUUGCGGGGCUGUAGGAAAAGGGCAGUCACUUUUGCGUUCAUCUGGUUUUUUUGUUCCCCCCUUUGCUGCCUCCUGAUCUAACCCAGAUGAGUUCCUAUUUUGUAAACCCGCUGUACUCCAAAUACAAAGCAGGAGAUGCCAUAAAUCCGGGUUACUACGACUGUCAUUUUGCCCAAGAUGUUAGCAGCAGACACCCUCUGGUUUUUAGUGCCAGCCCAGGUCUCCAGCACCCCAAUCAAGAUCUCUACCACCCGGGGAACCCAGCAGCCAUCCCGAACCCCGCAGGCUAUCAGCAAGCUCCUUGUGGGAUUACGUGUCAUGGUGACCCCACUAAAUUUUACGGAUACGAUAAUUUACAGAGACAGCAGAUUUUUACGACACAUCAAGAGGCCGAGCUGGUCCAAUAUCCUGACUGUAAAUCGUCCAGUGGUAAUAUUGGAGAGGAUCCAGAGCACUUAAAUCAGAACUCUUCUGCUUCUCAAAUGUUCCCCUGGAUGAGACCACAAGUAGCUCCUGGUAGGAGAAGAGGAAGACAGACGUACAGCCGGUUCCAAACACUAGAGCUGGAGAAGGAAUUUCUCUUUAACCCCUAUUUAACCAGGAAAAGAAGAAUUGAGGUCUCUCAUGCAUUAGGACUCACGGAAAGACAGGUCAAAAUUUGGUUUCAGAACAGAAGAAUGAAAUGGAAAAAGGAGAAUAAUAAAGAAAAAUUCCCAGUCUCCCCUCAAGAGGGAAAAGAAGAUGCUAAAACAACAGAAAGUGUUGUGGAAGAGGACAGAGGAGGAGACACCAACUAGCUUUCCUAUAAGACUUCUCAUAUGCUACUACCAUUAAGGGGUAUGGGAAGUUUAGUUUUGUGUAAACCACGUAUAUAGUAACUUGCACAAAUCACCAGGGAUUAAAACUACCUAAAAUAUGAAGCAGCAAUACACAAAUUGUGGGGUUUCCAGUUGUGGAACUACAACUCUCAGCAUGGCCUAAAGUAUGCUCAGCUUGCUUGGACUUGUAGUUCCACAAAAGCUAAUGAGUUGCAUGUAGCCUUCCUGAUUACCUUUGCUGUAAGGCAUAGAUGGUAUUAAUUUUGAUUUCCUUUAUAUACGAAUAGCUAUAAAAAAAAAUAUGCAAAGUCUAGCACAAUGUUGGAAAUGUGUCACUCCAUUUUCCCAAUAGAAAUACAGACUCGGAUGAUAUAAGGGAUAUUUUAAUUAUAAAAAAUAUUUACAAUAAAUUAUAUAUAUUUAUAGAAAAUGGACAUGAUUUAUAAAUCAAAGUGAC